CAUUCACCAGUAAAAAAAACAUACGAAAGGCUUUAAAAGGAAAUUACUGACGGAUUAAUUUUUACUGUAAACCUAUUUUGUGCUGUAUGCACUAGUAACAAACGUUUGUUUGAAUGAAACGGAACGUAGCGUCGCGAACAGAAAUCGGCGCGAAACCCUCCUACGCGGGCCUUUCAAAAAUCACCACAUUCGCGAGUUGUGUUCCAUACCGAUACUGGCCGCGCACCUUUCGCCGCACGUCGUUUGCACGACAAAAAAAAAACAAAUUUAAAUUCCGAACAACCAAAAUUUGAAGAUAAAGCUUCGAAACUUGGAAUAAUAGAGACAUAUUUCGUUUUUUUUCAAAAAGAGUUUUGAAUUUGAUUUUUAAAAUAAUUAAUUAAGUGAUUGUGAAAAAUGGUUCGCAAAAUCAGUGGACUUUUGUGUUGCCUAUGCGUUUUUGGUAUUUCAUUGAGUGACAGCGCUAUAUCAGCUGAUAGCGAGUCAAGAUGCCGCAACCCACCCACUGCACCACAGAAGAUAGAGCGAGUCAUAACUCUGUGUCAGGAUGAGAUAAAACUCUCCAUACUUAGAGAGGCGCUAGAUGUGAUUAAAGAGGAGCACACGAUGCCUGCACAGAGGCGGCGAGACAAGAGAGAGGUGCCCUUCACACACGACGAGAAGAGAAUCGCUGGGUGUCUGCUGCAGUGUGUGUACCGGAAAGUGAAAGCUGUGGACGGCUUCGGGUUCCCCACGCUGGAGGGUCUGGUGGGGCUGUACUCUGACGGCGUCAACGAGCGCGGGUACUUCAUGGCCGUGCUCGAGGCCUCCCGCGAGUGCCUUAUGAAGAACCACGACAAGUUCUCUAGGAGUGUGCCUAUGGAUAACGGUCGCAACUGUGACGUGUCAUUCGACAUAUUCGAGUGCAUCUCAGACCGCAUCGGCGAGUACUGCGGGAACGCCGGACUUUAACGAUGCACAGACAAUAAGACUACACUUAAACGAUACUCAAAUUUAAGACACUCUUACAUCCUAAAUACUUGAUUGGAUAAUGAAUCGAGUCUUAAGCCGUGUCGAGUUAUUGUUUAAAUCUUUGACAUGCUAUAGGCUAAAUCCCAAUAAAGCAAUUAUAGUUAUAAUCUAUGGGUUCACAAAUGAUAGAACCAUACUUUGAGAUACAGACUGGAUUUUCAUAGCAAGGUUUAUAAAAAUAAAUUAUAUAAAGGAAGACUAUUCGUCGCAACAUCAAAAAGGAGACAGUCAUGUCUCAAGAGUGUCUUACGGAUGUCUUAAGGGUGUCUCAAGGGUGCCUUAAGAGUGUCUCAAGGGUGCCUUAAGAGUGUCUUAAGGGUGUCUUAAAUUUGAUUUUCGUUUAGGUAACGGUCAUUUGCUUUAACGUUAUCCUUGAGUAACCGACGAUGUUUGUAACACGAUAGUAAAUGUUAAACAUUUGUAUAGAUUAUAUAUUUGUUUAAAUUGUAAUGAAAAUUAAACCGAACUUGGCUUGAGAAGCUGAAAAUCGUCUUUAACGUCAAAAAUUAUGUCUUUGUCUUUUUAUUCCAAAUGUAUUUUUUAUUUUUAGCUUUCAUUGUGAAUUUGUGAAUAAUUUGACAAAUUUAAAAAUACUCAUAUUUUCUUAACUUGGCUUCCCUUUUACUAAAUUACUUUUCAAUUUUAAUGUUAAACUUAAAAUUUAAUUAGUUACCAAUACGAGACAAACCAUUAGUUAUAAGAUGUACAUAGAUUGUAAUUAACUAUUCUUACUAAAAUGUGAUGCUCAAUAAUUUUAGUUGUAAGGUAGCUCCAUAGAUUUUUAUUCUCAAAAACACUUUUAUGUUACCCUCUCCAUAACAUGAGAACAUUUUUAUAUUGAAAAUUACAACUUUUCUUAUUGCCAUCUUUUAAUGUAAUCCAAAAUUAAAAAGAUUUAAGGAAAUCUAGGUUUUCUUCAUAUGGACUAUUUUUAUACCUUAAAUUAGCUGAUCCUUAACGAACUGAUAGACUUAACAUAGCAUAAGUUUUAUGUAAUAAAGGUGUAUAUAACUA